AUGAGUCGUAUGUCUACCCCUUCACCAGAUCUGUUAAAUUGUGGUCAAAUGCGAAGAUGGAGUGAUGGUUUGGAGGACAGUCCUCCCCGAUGGCACUUCUUAUUGAUAGCAUUAGUCUCUUUUGGCAUUUAUAUCAACUCCUUUGGCUGUGGUUUUGCAUUCGACGACAUGUCUGCCAUUCGGGAUAACAGAGAUCUGAGACCACGAACGCCUUUAUCGCAACUUUUUCUUAAUGACUUUUGGGGACAGGGAAUGACUAAGGUAUGGUAUGGUAUGGUAUGCCAUGAGUGGAUGUGGUUUCUGCUAUCCAUCGCAUUAGUCUCUAUGGCGACCCUCUCUAAAGAGCAGGGCAUCACAGCCAUUGCCAUUUGUGGUGUCUAUGAAGUAUUCAUCGCUCAAAGACUAAAUCUUUCAAAUUUAUUUUUUGUGGCACAAAAUCUGAUGACAUCUAAAGCGUCACCCCCUUCAUGGCUCAGAGAGUCCUUCCUAAGACUGUCGGUGCUAUUUGCCGCCACUUGUCUCAUGAUAAUGACUCGGCUUAGGAUAAUGGGCUCACAAUUGCCGGUCUUUACGAAGUUUGACAACCCGGCCAACUCUGCGCCCACACCUGCCCGUCAAUUGACUUUGAAUUUUAUGUUACCAAUGAAUGGAUGGCUGCUGUUAUUCCCGGACGGCCUGUGCUGUGAUUGGACUAUGAAUUCCAUUCCGUUGAUAGAGUCCUAUUCAGACGUGCGAAAUGUGGCCACAAUUGUCUUUUAUGUGAUAUUUGCGGUAUUGGUUUGGAAUGCCUUUACUUCCAACAAUACAAUGCAAUCACAAGUACUUAUCAUUAGUGUGGCGUUCAUUGUGUUCCCUUUCCUCCCGGCCUCUAAUCUCUUCUUUCCGGUCGGGUUUGUGAUCGCCGAACGUAUACUAUAUAUGCCAUCGUUUGGCUUUUGUAUGCUUUUUGGGGUCGGGUUUCACAGAAUUUAUCACAAAUUAUCUCAAGAUAAGACAAAUGUCUCCAAAAGCAUGUCGACCACAAAGAAACGACUGUUAGUUUCGGUUUUGAUUUUUGUCUUAAUUUUUCAUUCAAUCAAAACCUUUAUACGAAACUAUGACUGGGAGUCGGAAUACACUAUAUUUAUGGCCGGAAUUAAAAUCAAUAAACGAAACGCAAAGUUAUAUAACAAUGUCGGACACGCUUUGGAGGGCCAACACAAGUACACCGAAGCCCUGCAGUACUUCCUCAAAGCCAUCGACGUCCAGCCCGACGACAUCGGCGCCCAUAUGAAUGUCGGCCGUACUUAUAAUAAUCUCAAUAAAUAUGAACUCUCGGAACAGGCGUUCAAUAGGGCCAAAGACCUACUGCCGCGACCGCGACCUGGGGAACGAUAUCAAGCGCGGGUAGCGCCGUCUCAUUUGAAUGUAUUUCUCAAUUUAGCAAAUCUGAUCGCAAGAAACAGAUCGCGUCUGGAAGAGGCCGAUGCUCUCUACAGACAGGCCAUCAGUAUGCGCGCCGACUAUACUCAGGCCUACAUAAAUCGGGGCGAUAUCUUGAUUAGGAUGAACCGCACCCGAGAAGCACAGGAGGUCUACGAGAAAGCCCUGCAAUUUGAUUCUUCCAAUCCUGAUAUCUAUUAUAAUUUAGGCGUUGUAUUACUGGAACAGUCGAAAGCAACACAGGCUUUGGUUUACUUCAAUAAAGCGCUGGAAUUGAAUCCAUCGCACGAACAAUCUCUCAUGAAUUCCGCGAUUUUGAUCCAAGAGAGUGGUAGCCAUGAGUUGCGCCCUUUAGCUCAACAACGACUACAGUUCCUCAUAGAGAACGGAAAGGCCAACGAAAGGGUUUACUUUAACUUAGGAAUGCUUUCGAUGGACGCCAAAGACUAUCCCAACGCCGAGAAGUGGUUUAGGGCUGCCAUUCAUCUGAAGCAUGACUUCCGGAGCGCGACAUUCAAUUUGGCGCUUCUCCUGUCAGACACGGGCCGACCCCUCGAAGCGGUGCCAUUCCUGAAGCAAUUGCUGAGACAUCAUUCCGAUCACAUCAAAGGUCUCAUACUUCUCGGAGACAUUUAUAUCAAUCAUGUGAAGGACUUGGAGGCCGCAGAGGAAUGCUAUAAAAAGAUCGUUAGACUCGACGCGACAAACAUUCAGGGAAGACAUAACUUGUGUGUGGUUUUUGUGGAGAGAGAGGAACUGGAGAGAGCGGAGGACUGUUUGCUGGAAGUGUCCUCAUUAGCACCCAAUGAGGAGUACAUCAGAAAACACUUACGUAUAGUUCGCACGAGAAUCGCGAAACUCAGACAAAAACAAAACAAUAUUCAUAAAGAAGACUCGCUGUGAUAGACAUUGACUUAAAUUUCUAUUUUUAUGUCUCAAUACAAUUGUCAUAACAUAAAGAUUAAUAGAAACCAUAUAUUUAUUGAUAGAAUUGAUUACAAUUUCAAUACAUCUCUCAGACUCGAGACAGCCGUUGGCACUCAUCAUCCAUAGCCAUAGCACUGACCGCCACUACAGCGGUCUCUCAGCAAUCAUUUUAUAGAAUCUCAUAUAAUGUUAAGUUAAGGCUAUUUGUGAUACUAAUAGCAGACAAUGAUAGCAAUGAUAGCAUGUUCUGUGUGUAGGGAAACCGCAAUCUUUCAUAUCUGAUUGAGUACUAGGAAGACAUUCAACACAUAUUAUAUAAUAUUAUUAUUUCUUAUAUUAUGUUUCCAUACAAUACAAACACUUGAAAAGCUUUUCCCUUCACUUAUAUAUUAAAAUGCAAUCUGUUUUCCAUAUUUUGAUGAAUUGAAUGUGAAAUUAAAGUUUACGACAAUCGCUACAAUCACUGCGAAUCCACUGCCAGUCUAUAGCUUUCACUGUACACUACAUAACAGAAAACUAAUUUAUUAUUCAAUAAGUUCUUGAGAUAAACAGCAAAUUCCCUAAAAUAAUAUUAUUCAGACAAAUACGAGAUCAAUAAAAAGUGUUUUGUCAGCAGAAAGAGAAUAUAAGAAUAUAAAAGCUAAAUCAUUGCUGUCUUUAUGUUAAAUAGUAUUGUGAUGCCAAUUGUUUUUAUUAGUAAACAAAUUUUGUUUAUUAUCAAUAAAUCAAUUGUUUAUUAAAUCAAUUAAAAAUACGAC